ACCAGGCAGCUGAGAGGCGAACAAGCAUUGUCACCGGGCCAGUGGUACACGUAGCAAGGUAGCUGCAACGCAGCAUACUAAUUUACCGGCUUUUUCGUAAGUGUUUUUGAAUACUUAUGAUACAUUCUCAUACUGUGCGGUGUUUCCGUUUGUUAAAAUGAAAACCCAAAACAUAAUCUCUAAUUUAACAGGCACAAAAACAGUCGGUAGCAAGCGAAACUUUAGCUAGCUAGCUAGCUGCGCGUUAGCUAGCUGGCUAAUGUUGCUAAUGAAACCAUAUGCUAGCUAACGACAGCCACUAGUAAAACGGGAAACGAACGAGAUACUAGUUGUUGCUUGUUGUAAGGGCGUUUUUUUUGAUAACACAUAGCUGACUGCAAUAACGAGCUUCUUCACAACUGGUGUUAAUUUGUUAUACAAAGUUAGCUGGGUGUCACAGGCGGUGCAUCAGGGAAAACAUUCCGUAUAGCACUAGGAACUCGACAAGCAACUGGUGCUGUAACUACAGGUAUACACCACUUGACUUGUUCCAGCCUGAAUUUAAAAUGUAUUACAUUUAAUGUCAAAGUGGAAUUAUGUUUGUCGAAAUGUAAAGGAGUAAAAAUGUGCUUAACAAGUCACAUAAUAAGUUGCAUGGACUCACUGUGUACAAUAAGUGUCUAACAUUAUUUUUGAAUUACUACUUAAUCUCUGUACCCCGCACAUAUAAUUAUCUGUAAGGUCCCCUCAGUCGAGCAGUGAAUUUCAAACACAGAUUUAACUACAAAGACCAGGGAGGUUUUCCAAUGCCUUGCAAAGAAGGGCACCUAUUGGUAGAUGGGUAAAAAUAAGACGCAGACAUUAAAUAUCCCUUUGAGCAUGGUGAAGUUAAUUACACUUUGGAUGGUGUAUCAAUACACCCAGUCACUACAAAGAUACAGGCAUCCUUUCUAACUCCGUUGCCGGAGAGGAAGGAUUUCACCAUGAGGCUGUGAUUGGAGAAAACCUGAGUAUGGAUCAACAACAAUGUAGUUACUCCACAAAACGAACCUAAAUGACAGUGACAAUAAGGUAAUACUGCAAAAAAAUAUGGCAAAGUAAUUAACAUUUAGUCCUGAAUACAAAGUGUUAUGUUUGGGGCAAAUACAACACAUUACUGAGUACCACUCUCCAUAUUUUCAAGCAUAGUGGUGGCUGCAUCAUGUUAUGCGUCUCCUGAGUGGCGCAGUGGUCUAAGGCACUGCAUUGCAGUGCUAACUGUGCUACUAGAGAUCCUGGUUCGAAUCCAGGCUCUGUCGCAGCCGGCCGCGACCGGGAGACUCAUGGGCGGCGCACAAUUGGCCCAGCGUCGUCCAGGGUAGGGGAGGGAAUGGCCGGUAGGGAUGUAGCUCAGUUGAUAGAGCAUGGCGUUUGCAACGCCAGGGUUGUGGGUUCGAUUCCCACGGGGGGGCAGUAUAAAAAAAAUAUGUAUUCACUAACUGUAAGUCGCUCUGGAUAAGAGCGUCUGCUAAAUGACUAAAAUGUAAAUGUAAAAAAUGGGUAUGCUUGUAAUUGUUAAGUACUGGAGUUUUUCAGGAUUAAAAAAAAAAAGAAACAGAAUGGGGCUAAGCACAGGCAAAUUCCUAGAGGAAAACCUGGUUCAGUCUGCUUUCCACCAGACACUGGGAGAUUAAGUCCCCUGUCAGCAGUACAAUAACCUAAAACAAGGCCAUAUCUACACCGGAGUUGCUUACCAAGAAGACUGUGAAUGUUCCUUAGUGGCCGAGUAACAGUUUUGACUUAAAUAUACUUUAAAAAAUCUAUGGCAAGACCUAAAAAUGGUUGUCUAGCAAUGAUCAACAACCAAUUUGACAGCUUGAAGAAUUUCUAAAUAAAUUAUGGGCAAAUGUUGCAAAAUCCAGGUGUGGAAACCUCUUAGAUUUACCCAGAAAGAAUCACAGCCGUAAUCGCUGCCAAAGGUCAUUCUAAAAAACGAUUGACUCGGGUGUGAAUACUUAUGUAUUUCAUUUUCAAUAGAUUUGCAAAAAUAUCUAAAAACAUGUUAUCACUUUAUGGGGUAUUGUCAAAUCAAAUCAAAUCACAUUUUAUUGGUCACAUGCGCCGAAUACAACAGGUGCAGACAUUACAGUGAAAUGCUUACUUACAGCCCUUAACCAAUAGUGCAUUUAUUUUUAACAAAGAAAGUAAAAAUAAAACAACAAAAAGUGUUGAGGAAAAAAAGGGCAGAAGUAAAAUAAAAUAACAGUAGGGAGGCUAUAUAUACAGGGGGGUACCGGUGCAGAGUCAAUGUGCGGGGGCACCGGCUAGUUGAGGUAGUUGAAGUAAUAUGUACAUGUGGGUAGAGUAAAAGUGACUAUGCAUAAAUAAUUAACAGAGUAGCAGCAGCGUAAAAAGGAUGGGGUGGGGGGGCAGUGCAAAUAGUCUGGGUAGCCAUGAUUAGCUGUUCAGGAGUCUUAUGGCUUGGGGGUAGAAGCUGUUGAGAAGUCUUUUGGACCUAGACUUGGCACUCCGGUACCGCAUGCCGUGCGGUAGCAGAGAGAACAGUCUAUGACUAGGUUGGCUGGAGUCUUUGACAAUUUUGAGGGCCUUCCUCUGACACCGCCUGGUAUAGAGGUCCUGGAUGGCAGGAAGCUUGGCCCCAGUGAUGUACUGGGCCGUACGCACUACCCUCUGUAGUGCCUUGCGGUCGGAGGCCAAGCAGUUGCCAUACCAGGUGGUGAUGCAACAAGUCAGGAUGCUCUCGAUUUUACAUUUACAUUUUAGUCAUUUAGCAGACGCUCUUAUCCAGAGCGACUUACAGGAGCAAUUAGGGUUAAGUGCCUUGCUCAAGGGCACAGACAGAUUUUCCACCUAGUCGGCUCUGAGAUUAGAACCAGCGACCUUUCGGUUACUGGCACAACGCUCUUACCCACUAAGAUACCUGCCGCCUAUUCCCUAUAUAGUGCACUACUCUAGACCAGGGUCCAUGGGGCUAUAGUCAUAAGUAGUGCACUAUAUAGGGAAUAGGGUGCCAUUUUGGGAUGCAUCCUCAGUUAGGUGACAGUCCUACUCAACAACCAUCCAUUCAAACUAAACAGAAUAAAAACAUAUCUCUACUAUGGAUGAAACAUGAUCUCUAAGCCAAGCAAAUGACUGGAGAAAUCCAAUACAAGUCUCUCUAAGUUUAUAAUGCAUAUUUAGUAUUGGCUGGUGGUCUCCUCCCUGCAUUCAUUCCAUCAGCUACAAAAAAUGAGCAGCAACAGAGAUAUGUAAUACAACGAAUGGAGUGCAACAUUCAAGUCAUGAUUCCAUUCAAACCCAAUGAUGCUUAUGUUUGGAAUACAUUUGUGAGGCAUUAAGUGUUGGUGAGUACAUAUUCUGCAGCGAGGGUGACUGCUACAGACAGGUUAUAAACAAUAAGAGGACAUUGGCUACAGACUUGAGUAUGGACUAACUGAAUAUUAAGAUGUGUUUGUGUGUGCGGAUGUGCAUAUUUCUGAGGCUACUGUCGUAAGUCUACACUUGGAAUAUUGAUCUUCCUCAAAGUAUUACAAUUUAAUGAAAAAUGUACGUAUUACAUAACAUGCAAUGUCUCACAUCCACUUCCUAGAAUUGUUAUUGAAUGGCCAGUGUGGUUUUGGCGAAUAGUGAGUUUUUUUCACUCUAAUAUACUACUCGUAAGCAUUUUGACUUUGGCAAGUUGUUGUUUUACAUUAGUAGUAGUACUUUGUAAACAAAGUACUAGAUUAUUUGUCAAGUACUAGACUGUUUGUCAAGUACUAGACUGUUUGCCAAGUACUAGACUAUUUGAUGUUAAUCCAGCAAGUGACUGUCAAGCAGUUUGAUGUCUGAACUUUGAAAAAGCAACAAUUACACUUUAUUUUACCGUCUGGUAUUUACUUUGAUAUUACAUGGUAACAGAGUAAUUAGAUGUUAUUCAUAAACACCUCUCAGUUUCUUGGGGACUCAUUGUAACCAUCUGGUACCAAAUGCUAUAGUACCAGAUAAUACCAUGGCCAAUUGUUACCAUGUACCGUAUUUGUCUAUGAUAUAUACCAGGCCAUACCAACUCUGAAGGACUGCAAAAUAAAACAAACUAACAAAUCAGACAGGAAGCUAAUCUGAAUGAUCCUAACUGGGGCAACCGAACCCAACAGCGGUGAAACUGAUAAGCAAUAAGAUGAGAAUGAGAGGACUGCUAAAUGCUUGUGAUAUCUUCUCCUUUAUCAAUGUACCAUUCCAGGAGCUAACAGUGCUAGCUACGCAAACCAUCUGAGAGCCUAUGGGGCACACGGGCCCCUGCCACAGCUGUUUAGAGCAGCCAACAGGCCACCAUGCUCACAUGGUGACACCAAGGAGCAGGUGUUGGGGGGGGGGGGGGGGGUGCAUCAGUGUCCCCCAUCGCUGGACGAAGGGCUUUCGGAUCGCCCCUCUUUCAGGCUGGCAGGCUGCUUCUUCUGCUUGUGUUUGGACUUCCUCAGCAUCCGCACCUUUGGGCCUGCUGCAGAUAUGAUGAUAUUUCCAGGGGCCUGUAUCCAGGGCUCUCCGUCCACCUGCACAGGGAUGGGCUUGGUCACUGUGAUACGCACGUAGUUACCCUGGGCGAGACGCAUCCCAGAGCGCAUGCCGCUCUGCACCUGGCCCAUGUGCACUACCCCGGUCACCCCCACCACCUCCAGCAUGCCAUCGUCAAUGCGGGGUUUCCCGUAGCGCGAGUCACCCUCUGAUCCCCACAGGUCUGCCCCAAAGCCCCAGCUGGGGAUGUUUAGGAAGAUGAGGCCUUCUAUGCUGGGCAGUUCUAUGUCUUGUUUGUCCACCUGCAGUUUGAGGUCCUUGUGAAGGUUCCGUGUGUGGCUCAGCUUCUGCAGACCCGCCUUCAGGUACACACCUUUGUUAUGGAACCUGCUGUUGAACUUUCCUGGUUCUUCUUCACGGGCAUGGUGGAAGUCCAAACUGAGCUCAGCAUCGAUGCCCAGCCCAAAAUAGUUGUUCAUCUGCACUAUCUUUGGUGGUUCCAGGAAGCCGUUCUCCUUGCCGUCCUCAGUGACUUCCUGUGCAUCCAGCAGGAUGGUCCAGCGGUCCAUCUGCACCUCCUCCGCCUCGUCUACAGACACCAGGAUGUGGUGGGGGUCCUCUCCGCUGUAGCCCGUCCCCCAGCGCAGGAUCCGCGCCAGGUCGUUACCUGUGCCCAGUGGAACAAUGCCAAUGGGGGGCUCGGGACAGACCAGUUUGUGUCUGAUGGCUUCCAGGACACUCAGGACCCAGCCCACCGUCCCAUCUCCCCCACACACCAGAACCCGGAAGCGGGGUACCUCCCUAAACGUGUGCAGUCCAGGCAAUGGUCCCCCGUUGGUCAUGUCAAACACUUGGUGGGGGUUCAGAAGCUUCCGGAAGCCAUAGAGAAGCUCUCGGCCCUUCAGCCCGCCGCUCUUGGGGUUGACAAACACCAGUAGGGGCGAGCCACCUUUGGGCAACUUGUUGUGCAUAAUCUCUGGUAUGACUAGGGAGGUCAGCUGCUGGUUGCUGACAGACGUGUCUUUGGCUAACAUGUAGAUCCUCUCAGCCUCAGAGAAACAUGAUAUCUGCACCACUACUGCACCUUGGCUCCCGUAAACAUGUGUGAUGGUGACCAAGUGACUCUUGAUAGCUAAGUGCUCCUGUAGCAGGUCUGCAUAUUCCUCCUUGCUCAGCUGUACAGGCAGUCCCUCUAGCAGCAGGUGGACCUGGACAACCUGCUUCCUGCUCUCCACUAUGUAGAAACGGGUCUGGUUCAUCUGCCUUAGGGAGAUCUUCCUUAUCUCCUGCAGUUUGUACAGCAGCAGCUCCUGGCCUGUCAGCCCUUGUCUCUGAACUUGCUUACUGCCCAUGUAAACCUCCACAAGGUUGAAGCUUGAUGGGUCUUCAUCCUGUCUUCCCAGUUGAGUGAGGACCUCCUUAAUGACAGAAUCCACCGUGCUGUUCUUGGAGAUGGAGAUCGAUAUGUACGCCACGCCAACCUUGAGCCAGCCGGCGUAAAUCUUGAGGACCUCUGUCUCCUGGGGUUUGGCCCUUAGGAGCCACGCCUCGGGCACAUUCUCCUUAAAGAUGGCCCUUUCGUCGGGGGUGCCGUUACGGUUGAGGAUGUCGUUGUGGUGUAGAGCCUGCUGGCCGUUGUCUUGGAGCUCGUAGUCCAGCGAGUCAUCUGGGAUGUAGAAGGUCCUCAACGCUGACUCCACCACUUCCUCAUUCUUGGUUAUCCGAGGAAUGGAGACCAAACGGAAGUGGCUGCGCUUGACUGCAUCGACCCCAUCAAACACCUUGAGAACCUGCUUCCCUGAAUCCACUGCGGUUGCCGGCUGGCUCUCCUUUGUAGGUGCUGGAAUCUGGGUGUCAACUUCGUCCAAGUUAUCCAGCUCAUUCUGGCAGCUCUCAGAGAUGCGGUAGCAGUGCAUCUUGCUGAAGUUCCGCGAGCAUAUUCGCACGCAAGCAGGGUGAAGGAGCAUGCUACGUAGCCGUCCUAGGUCACACUCUGGUGGCACGAUGACAUAACAGGCAGCGUGUGUCGUAAUACCACACCACUCACACCGCAUUCCCGCCAGGACGUCCGAGGAGCCACAGGUGCGUCGGCAGACCUUACAGCGGGCACCUGAGGGGAUGUUUCCCUCCCGCCAGUGGUGGUGAAGCGUAUCAAUGUCCUGACUCCCAUCCUGGUGGCAGAGACGACAGUCACCACAACUGAACGCAGCACAGUCUGAGUGGGCAUGCAGCUCACAAACUUCACAGCGAAUGGCUGUGUUUCCCUCCAGAUGUUUUCGACACACACAGCAGAAUCUCUUUUUCUGCCCUGCUGGACCAAAGCAAUGGGCGACAGGGACCCGCACCAGCGUCGGGGCCAUGCAUGAACAGACAGUCCUCACAGUCUUCAGGCACUUCUCAUGACACAUAAAGUUACACACUUCACAAAUGAAUCCGAUAAGACCCCAUAUGAAAUCACUGCAGUUGUGGCAGAACGUUGGUUUGGUGAGAGUCACUUUCCUAAAACAAUGUCCGGGUGCACUGACAUGGUACCUUGAGCGAGACCCAGGGGACUGUUGUGCCUUUUUCCUACCGGACAGGGGGCUUGCGCUUGGGCUUUCCAUGAUAGAAUUCUCAUUCUUCGUUCGAGUGCUGUUUGCCAUCGUAUCUGUGCACCACAAGGGUCGUGUAUAAUGAAAACGUAGCUAGGGUGUUUGAGUGAAAAUAUGUUUCCGCUGCCAAGCGGCAAAACCAGCGAGCUCCAGCUACGUUAUGCCCAACCGCCGUGUCAUUACACUUUGGAGCCAGUGGUGCCAGCUGCUGCUGGAGCCAUAGCGGUCAUGAAGUUAGUGUUUUUCUUUGGCAGCUUUUACACAUAAUCUGCUAGCUACUUCCGCCCGCAGUUUUCAUAGCUGUGCAGCGGUUUUCAUCCGCCCUCACAAGGUUGGCCCUCAUAGCGCCCAGGCAUGAUGAGUGAGUGACCGAUGGUGCAGCUGUAGAAUUUCGAUGGUGCAGCUGUAGAAUUUUUUGAGGAUCUGAGGACCCAUGCCAAAUCUUUUCAGUCUCCUGAGGGGGAAUAGGCUUUGUCGUGCCCUCUUCACGACUGUCUUGGUGUGUUUGGACCAUGAUAGUUCGUUGGUGAUGUGGACACCAAGGAACUUGAAGCUCUCAACCUGUUCCACUACAGCCCCAUCGAUGAGAAUGGGGGCGUGCUCAGUCCUCUUUUUUUCCCCCUGUAGUCCACAAUCAUCUCCUUUGUCUUGGUCACGUUGAGGGAGAGGUUGUUGUCCUGGCACCACACGGCCAGGUCUCUGACCUCCUCCCUAUAGGCUGUCUCAUCGUUGUCGGUGAUCAGGCCUACCACUGUUGUGUCGUCGGCAAACUUAAUGAUGGUGUUGGAGUCGUGCCUGGCCAUGCAGUCAUGGGUGAACAGAGAGUACAGGAGGGGACUGAGCACGCACCCCUGAGGGGCCCCCGUGUUGAGGAUCAGUGUGGCAGAUGUGUUGUUACCUACCCUUACCACCUGGGGGCGGCCCGUCAGGAAGUCCAGGAUCCAGUUGCAGAGGGAGGUGUUUAGUCCCAGGAUCCUUAGCUUAGUGAUGAGCUUAGAGGGCACUAUGGUGUUGAAUGCUGAGCUGUAGUCAAUGAAUAGCAUUCUCACGUAGGUGUUCCUCUUGUCCAGGUGGGAAAGGGCAGUGUGGAGUGCAAUAGAGAUUGCAUCAUCUGUGGAUCUGUUGGGGCGGUAUGCAUAUUGGAGUGGGUCUAGGGUUUCUGGGAUAAUGCUGUUGAUGUGAGCCAUGACCAGCCUUUCAAAGCACUUCAUGGCUACAGACGUCAGUGCUACGGGUCGGUAGUCAUUUAGGCAGGUUCUUAGUGUGUGUGUGUGUGUGUGUGUGUAUAUGGGUGAGAAUUAUUUUAAAUCCAUUUUGAAAUCAGGCUGUAAGACAACAAAAUGUGGAAUAAGUCAAGUGGUAUGAAGACUUUCUUAUGGCACUGUAUCUAAGACAACCUGCAAUCUACUGCUACCUGUAAAUGUAUUCUCUUAACUAUUACAAAUAAUAAUAUGGUUUGGAUAUUGAUAUGUGUUUACCCAGCUGAAUUGCGGCUCUGUUUGACUCGUUUGGGAUUACGCUAGGCCCUCUGAAAGUCCACAUGUGAUUCUAACACUCAGUAAUGACAUUAUGUAAGGUGACAUAGCCCAAUAUGAGUAUUUUGAUUUUGAAUGUUCCAUCACUUGCUGAAACAAAAGGUAUAUUGAGGAGCUUUGGUUAAAUUGAAUGUUGAGUAAGGUUAGAACUAGUAGUAUGUGUUGAUACACAAAAAAAAAACGAUUGUGUAGUUGAUCGUAUCAUGUUUUUGAAAUCCAAAUGGUUCUAUUACUACAUUUCUAGAUCAAUGCAGAGUCUGCUUGCUAAAGAAAGUCAAAAUAUAGUUGUAAAUUAUGUUAUUGGUGUUGCGAGUCUUUACUUGGUCUGUCUCUUCAGGAAUAAUGCACCAAAGAUGGCCGCCACACACUCCAUGCUGCAGGAGCGUAUCCAGGUGGCCCAAGAGCUUCUCAAGCGUGUGGACCUGCUCUGUGCGAGGCAGGCGCGCGAUGUGGAGGGCCGGGCCAAGCUCUGCAGCAAGCUGCGCGCCGAGCUCAAGUUCCUGACCAAGGUGGAGGCGGGCAAGGUGCUCAUCAAGGAGUCCCACCUGCAGAGCACCAACCUCACCCACCUGAAGGUGAGUCUUGUAUAUAUUGUAUUUUCCAAUGGAAUUAUAUGUUGAAAAGGUUCCUUUAGUUCCAAUUUAGGUUCCAAUGGACAGUUAGUCCUGCUCUUGCUGUCCAUUGUUUUACCCAUCUGACAAUGAGGACCAUAUUGGAAAUAUGUUGGUUGACUUUUUGGUUGUAAUCCUCACUGGUUUUUACUGUGUGUGUUGUUGUGUUCACAUCAACUCGUAUUUGAAUUGUGACUCUUUCCAAUAAAAACAGGCCAUCGUGGAGUCGGCCGAGUCCCUAGAGAUGGUGGUGAGCGUGCUGCAUGUGUUCGCCUACGAGGACGCCGGCGGCAUCAAGCAGACGCUGGUGGUGGAUGUGGUGGCCAACGGCGGGCACACCUGGGUCAAGGCCAUUGGGCGCAAGGCAGAGGCACUGCACAACAUCUGGCAGGGCCGGGGCCAGUACGGAGACAAGAGCGUGGUGGAGCAGGCUGAGGACUUCCUGCAGGCCAGCCGCCAGCAGCCUGUGCAGUACAGCAACCCACACAUUAUCUUUGCCUUCUACAACGGCGUCUCCAGCCCCAUGGCCGACCGCCUGCGGGAGAUGGGCAUCUCGGUGCGCGGGGACAUCGUGGCGGUAAACUUGGUGAUGGCGGAUGAGGAGGAGGAGGAAGGAAGCGAGGAGGGGGAAGAGAGGGGGGGAGCAAACGAGGGGGGCAAGGAACACUGCUACGAAGAGGAAGAGCGAGAAGGCAAGGCUGCGGAGGAAGAUGAAGACGAUGAAAACUUUGUCGAAGAAGAAGACGUCGAGCACACGCGAGUGGACCGCGACACCGUCGUGGCUAGCCUGGCCUUCCCCACCGAGGUCAAGGUGGAUGUGUGCCGGCGGGCCAACCUGGACAUCACAACACUCAUCACGUACGUGUCGUCACUGAGCCACGGCCACUGCCGCUUGGCCUUCAAGGAGCAGGUGCUGACUGAGCAGGCAGCCCAGGAGCGGCAAGAGAAGGUCCUCCCCCGCCUCCAGGAGUUCAUGGCGGGCAAGGAGCUGUACGCGUGCCAGUCGGCCGUACACGACUUCCGCGUCAUCCUGGACACGCUGGGCGGCCCCGGCGAGAAGGCGCGUGCCGACGAGCUGCUGAGGCGGCUGCGAGUGGUGCCCGACCAGCCGUCAGAACGCACGCAGCGUCUCACGUCCAGCUCCAAGGUGAACCCCCGCUCGCUCAUGAUUUUCGGCACGGGCGACACACUACGGGCAGUCACAAUGACGGCCAACAGUGGCUUUGUGAGAGCGGCAGCCAAUCAGGGCGUGCGGUACAGCGUGUUCAUCCACCAACCGCGUGCCUUGACGGAGGGCAAAGAGUGGAGGGCCACGCCCAUA